AAUUCAUAUAUCAUCUGUAUCUUGGUGGUGUGUCAACAACUAUCAUUGUUGUUGUUCUUUUGCGGAUUUGACUGUUUGUCGUUGGAAAAAAUUCUGUUGUUUUUUUAUGCAUAAAGUUUAAUGGUUAGGUGACUCUAAAAAAAGUUUGUUAUCUAUCUCUUUAUCUUAAGAAUGGGGUUGUUCUUUUUGUUCUUGUUCAUACAUGCGGCCAAUAUGCAGUGAUAAUUUGUUUAGUAGUGAUGAUAUCGUAUUGGCCGGUGUUGGUAGUUUAUAGUUUAUAGUUUUGUAAACUGAGUUGGAUGUUUUAUAGUUUCAAAAAUAAAAAAAAUGGAAGGCGGUAGUGGUGGUGGGUUGGAGUAUGAUGCUAAAGAACCAUUGUUGGUUAUGUCUAAUGAGCAAGAACAAGACAUGAUUAACAACGGGAAUGGAAGAGGUGAUAUAUGGUGUCACCGUCACCGGUACUCUUUUACAAGUCUGAAAAAUGACUUCUUCUCUAAGCUCCCUCUAAAAGUUCAGCAUGCCAUGGAUCCUGACUCCCCUUUUGAUUUAGACCUAUCUAAUACCUCUGGAUUAAUUGAAGCGGAGAAGGAAUACUAUGAAAGGCAGGUUUCAACAUUGAAAUCAUUUGGGGAGGUUGACGCUCUAGAUAUACCUCCUGACAUGAACGUUAAUGAAGAAGAAGAAAGACGAGAACAAGCCCAACACCAGAGAGCAAUGAAUAUAUCUAACGGGGCUAAUGUUGUGUUGCUAGCAUUAAAGAUAUAUGCAACUAUAAGGAGUGGGUCUAUAGCUAUAGCAGCCUCAACACUUGACUCCUUGCUAGAUCUUAUGGCCGGUGGAAUUCUUUGGUUCACACAUUUGUCGAUGAAGAACAUCAAUAUUUAUCAGUACCCUAUUGGCAAACUAAGGGUUCAACCUGUGGGAAUUGUUAUAUUUGCGGCUGUCAUGGCCACGCUUGGAUUUCAGGUGCUGAUUGAAGCGGUGGAGCAAUUAAUAAGAAAUGAACCUUGGCCAAAGAUGAUAUACGAGCAACUUGUCUGGCUCUACUCCAUCAUGCUUACUGCCACAGCUGUAAAAUUCACACUAUGGCUUUACUGCAAAAACUCAGGGAACAGGAUUGUUCGUGCAUAUGCAAAGGAUCAUUACUUUGAUGUAGUUACAAAUGUUGUGGGAUUAAUCGCUGCAAUUCUUGGUGACAAAUUUUAUUGGUGGAUUGAUCCUAUCGGUGCUAUUGGUCUGGCUAUCUAUACCAUUUCAAAUUGGUCUGGGACCGUUUUUGAAAAUGCAGUUUCUCUGGUUGGACAAGCUGCUCCCCCAGAAGUCCUGCAGAAACUGACCUACCUUGUUAUACAUCAUCAUGCUCAAAUCAAACGUGUUGAUACAGUCCGUGCAUACACCUUUGGUGUUCUAUACUUUGUUGAGGUUGACAUUGAACUGCCAGAAGACUUGCCUUUGAAAGAAGCCCAUGCAAUUGGAGAGUCAUUGCAGAUUAAAAUUGAGAAGCUCCCUGAAGUUGAACGAGCUUUCGUGCAUCUAGAUUUCGAGUGUGAUCACAAACCAGAACAUUCAGUUCUCAUCAAAUUACCUACUAGUCAACCUUGAUUUUUAUGUUGUAUAUGAAAAAGGGAUUAACUGUUUGUAUCCCUUUUUUUGUGGUAUAUGAAAAAGGGAUUAACUUAGGUUGUUUUAGGCUCUUUGGUAAUUCGUACAAAAAUCAUCAAAUGAUUAUCUAUAAUGUUUAUAUGCUCCUCUUCUAAAGUGGAGCAUUUGUUAAGAGGUCCAUUUGAGAAGGUUGAACUAAUGCUCCUUUUUCA